AUAUCAGCCCGCCCAGUGGGAUUUGGGUUCCGUGGCAAGGCUGUGGGGUCUAAAGGAGGGCUGAGUCUUGAGGAGGAUUGGGGUCCCCCAAGAGGGAUGGGUUCUCCUGGAAGGACCUAACAGGCCUAGAAGGACUUUGAGGUCCCCAGAAGGCCUUGGGGUCCCAAGGUGAGUUUAGGUGUCCCAAUGCCUCACCCCAGGGAAGGAGCUUUUCUUUGAGUGGGUGGGGGACAUUUCUUUCUGCUUCCUGGAGCUUAAUUUUUGUGUGCUAACCUGAUGUUUUCUUGAACUUCGCUACUUGAAACGUGCCCUAUUUCUUCUGCUGCCUCAGUCCUGCCUGAUGGGCUGAGAGAGCUGCCCGGCUGCCACCAGCCUCUGGGGCUUCUUAGCUGCCCCGGAUAAUAAUGACUGAAACACCGGCCAGUAUCAGUAAUUACCAGUGAAGAACAGUAAUAACAACUUCAAUAGUAAUUUCUAUAAUAAAUAAAUAAUUUACAAUAUAUAAUAUAUCACAUAUAUGUCAUACAUCAGACAUCAUAAUAUAGUUAUGGUGGCUGUUUCUUGUCUGGCUGCUGGGACCCCACACAGCCGCUCUGUCAUCCUCCCCCCACAAGUGGAAAGAGAGAGGAAAAUACAAGAAAAGGCUCAUGGGUCCAACUCGGCACAGGGAGAUCACCCAGCAUGUAUUGUCAUGGGCAAAACAGGCUCAGCUUGGGGAAAUUAAUUCCAUUUAUUGCCAUUCAAAGCAGAGCAGGCUAAUGUGACUGGCUGUACCGCAUCACCUCUGCCCCACCUGCAGCUCAGGGACAUCACCUCCUGGGGAUGUGGGGCCUGGACAAAGUGCUGUGAAGUCAGAGGGGUCUGGACGCAGCUGCCCUGCAGCAGUGGGUCCGGGUGGCCAUGGAUCAGGCACUGGAGGUUGAUGCCGUCACCUGGAACUGCCUCGAGUUGGCCCUUGUCCUGCUGGGCCAGUUCGCCAGUGCCAUGGUGCAUACAACCACCCCAGUGUGAGCCACCACCCCAGUGGACUCCGACACCCUGCCCAGGGUCACCACUGCCCACCUGCCGUCCCAGGUGUACGAAGCGAUGCAGUGAUGGAGGUGACAAUGGGCCUGAGGGACAUAGGGGGCUGGAGCAUCUGUCCCCAGGGACCAGUGUUGUGCCGGUAGUGUUGGCAUUGCUCUUGCGUGGCAAUGGAUGGUUUCCAUGGAGUGGCUGUGCCAACCCUGUGGCAUUUCUGCUGUUUUCACUUUCACUUUCUGGUUCCCAGCAGCUCCUUUCCCCGCAGCCGCCGCUGAGCCACGUCCCAGCCCUGGUGCAGCCACCCCCUCCUGCCCCUCCGCAGCAGCAGCUGCUCUUCGCUCCCCGGGACCUCUUGCAGGACACGCACUUUUGCACAUGUCCUGCAGCUCCUCGCACUCCACAGCCUUUCCAGGGUCUCCCCCACCACCUGCUUCCUUUCCCAAACUUAACAUUUCCAGUGGAAUUAGCAAAUUAAUUGCAGCUUUGAGAAGUGGAAAAACUGUCUGGGGAUUUUCUGCACUUUGUUCUCUUUGGGGUUUGGCUUUCAGCCUUUCUCCGCCUCCUGUGUAUCAGGAAGAAUGUGAGGUCAGGUUUCAUUCCAGCACCUGCUGAUCCACCCAUCCCCUGCAUUUCCCUCAGCCCUUGGUGGAGCAAGCAGCCCGGCUCUGUCACCAGCUCUGUCCCAAAGGAAACUAUGUUAAGACUCGCUGCUGCCAUUGUUGGCGGCAUUGUAGGUGCUGCAGGAAUUGCAGGUGUUGGUGCCAGCCUGAUGUUGGGCAACACUUCGACCAGAUUUCUGCUGUUCAAGAGCAUCCCUGGGCAUGGGGACAUCUUUGAGGAGGUUUUUGAAGGUGAGUUGCAGCCUGGGGACAUCUUGCUCUUCCCCUUGGACAGAAGCAAUGACAUUGUCAGCAGGGCCCUCUUCAAACAUGCAGCUGUCUACUGUGGGGAUGGAGAGGUCAUACACUUUGUGGGCACGGGCACUGCUGGUCCCAGCAGCAGUCAGACGAUCCCUGGUCUGAUCAGCAAACAAGGCUACCAAACCCUGAUAAAAGAAAGGGGGCAAUGCCGGAUUUACCGGAAGAAAGGUGGCGUUAAUCUCAGUCAUUUCCGUAAUAGAGUCAGAAAUGCGAUGAGAAGUGAAGCCAACUAUAACGCCUACACAAACAACUGCAUCCACUUCGCCCUCUCCCUUCUGGGCUUGGAGAAGUUCUCCUCACAACUGGUGCAAAUCCGAUGUUAAUGUUGCAGCUGCUGCAGUGGGGCUGUCAUCUGAAGCCCCACAGCCCGGUGGGGCAGGGGAGCAGCCACAUGGCGUGAGGAGUGGCAGCCCCAUGUCCCUGGAGGAUGGUCCCCCCCAACCCACAGAGGAGCCUCAGCAUCGCCCCGCGCACCCCAACAACUUGCCCAGGGAAGGAGCUUUUCUUUGGGAGGGUGGGGGACGUUGCUUUCUGCUUCCUGGAGCUUAAUUGCCAUGUGCUAAUCUGAUGUUUUAUUGAACUUUGCUACCUGAAACGAGCCUGAUUUUACCUACAGCCUCAGUCCUGCCUGAUGGGCUGUGAGAGCUGCCCGGCUGCCACCAGACUCUGGGGCUUCAUAGCUGCCAAUACUAGUAAUUACCAGUGAAGAACAGUAAUAACAACUUCAAAGUCAUCUCUAUAAUAAAAUUAAUAAUAUACAAUA